CUGCUUAGAUCGAUGAGAAAUGUCUUAUCUUAUCAAUCCGACCGUGGAUCACGAAUCCACGCUCCCCACGUCCACCAACAACGCCUUAAAACAGUCCAUACACACACAAACACUUACAAACCGUCGCACAGCAUUGGCGGAUGAUGUCAUCUGUUCCCCUCCUAGCGGAUAAUCAACCACCGGGAAGACAGAAAGAAGCGUCCUCUUCAACCACACGAUCUGGCAAAGUGUUGACAUAAUUAUAAUACAAUGGCAACAAAUAUCGAACCGGGCCCGAGUGACGAUGCGGUUCCCGGCAUAGAGGGGAAUCUUCCAUCAACCGAAGCUCUCUCACCCAAUUCAGAAUCCCGACUACUCCAACUCCCCCCAGAACUCGUACAGCAAAUCCUAUCCGAACUCUCAGUCCUAGAUCUCACACGAAUAUCUCGCACCUGCCGCAGCUUAGCCGAACACGCCUCCAACAACCUCCUAUGGGCCGAUCUGUUAAAUGCCCACCUACCCUUCAAAAUUCACGACCCCGGACCAUUUGCUUCGUUCCGCAGUCUCUACGCAGCAUACUAUCCCUGCUGGUUUAUCCCUCGGAAUAAGGUCUGGUUCGCAGAUACGGAACAUACGGGAAACUUGAUCCUGGCGCGAUACGAUAACCGACGAGGUGUCAUUGAGGCAUAUCGAGUGGUAGCGGAACGAAGGAACCACGCUUUUCAGAUAUGGGAGUGGAAUCCAGAUGUCAUUAUCCAGUCGUUCAAUCCCAAAGUCAGUCUUUGGUUGGAUGAUCCGGUGUUGUUCCUGAAGAAUACCCCGUCUGCUGAAGGGCCACCGCGCACGCCGCGGUAUCUAAACGGGGAAACCCGUAUGCCUAUGGCACUGGAGUAUCACUACAUCUUCAACUCAUUUUCCCUAUGUUCGAACAAAUCCCCGGACAGGGAAUUGGUCGUGGAUCAGAAGUGGCCACCGCCAAAUAUCCCCAGUGACGAGCGGGUUCAUCGAGACAUGGAUGAAGAUCUGUCGGAACGGGACGAACCGCCACGGCAUAUCGAGGACGUCUCUGAAAUCGCAUUUCGCAUCCGACGAUGGGCGCAUUUCCGCCUGGGGAUGCCGUUCUUCACAGCCGGCAAUGGUGAAACCCUUACGACCUUUGCGACGCUGGAUCCUAGUCUAUACACACCGACGAGAGAGAAGCCGUACCAGGGGAUAUGGGUUGGAGACUACUCGGCCCACGGGUGCGAGUUCUUACUAUUUCUCCAGCGUGACACUACAAAUGCCUCUACGGCAUCCGCGGAAACGGAAAACACCGAGUGGAUUCCGCACGGCCGUUUAGAGGCCAUCAAACUUACAGGGGACCCAAAUGUUCCUCGGGGAGAGAUAUCUUUCGCCGCAGAAGAUAUCGGACAAGGCGGGUUCGUCCGGGUUGCGAAUGACUCGCUCUUCCGGAAUGCACGAGUCAUCCGAAGCGACGGCCAUGUUGCUGGCUUAGGCUUUCGAGAUGAUACUUGGUUACCUUCUCAGCUUAUUCUCCAAUCUACCGAUUGCGUGGCCCAUUACUGGGAAUCGAUGGGCCAUAUCUCGUAUUUCCGACGUGUCGAUAUCGACGCCCUUCUUAAGACCUAGUUGUUGUUUCAUGAUAUACCCUUUUUCUGCAUUGGACACUGCAUUUUGGCGUUAUGGUCUGAUUUUGCACAUGGCCUUACUUUCGGACUUUCUUAGAC